ACUUUGAGGAAAGAAAAGUCUCCAAGUGUUGAGUGUGAGUGAGCCUGGCGCUGGUUUUGUGUGUGCUUUAAGGUCUCUGUGAACUGUAGGCCAGACUUGUGUUUUCUCAACUGCUGUGGAUGUGCUAGGUGAUGGAUGGUUCUGUCUCCAAGUGGAAGAUUGUCUUUAUGAGAUCAGCUACAUCACUAACUGUCUGACACUGCUCUUCAAAUCUGCAUUCAUCCAAGAAGAGGCAAGACCCUCCUGAACUCUCGGUGCCAUGCCUCGGCCGGGCAAGAACUCCUACAGCGACCAGAAGCCGCCUUACUCAUACAUCUCGCUGACGGCCAUGGCCAUUCAAAACUCAUCAGAGAAGAUGCUGCCGUUGAGUGACAUCUACAAAUUCAUCAUGGAACGCUUCCCGUACUACCGCGAGAACACGCAACGCUGGCAGAACUCUCUCCGCCACAACCUGUCUUUCAACGACUGCUUCAUCAAGAUCCCACGACGACCCGACCAGCCUGGCAAGGGCAGCUUUUGGGCGCUGCACCCAGACUGUGGUGACAUGUUCGAGAACGGGAGCUUCCUGCGGCGACGGAAGCGCUUCAAGGUCCUGCGGGCAGAGCACAAGACUGCCCUGCAUCCGUAUCACCCACACCACCACACCCAGCAGCACCACCCACACCACCACCACCACAGCCACCAUCCGCAUCACCCAGCCAAGCUGACCGCCACUCAUCCAGACUACCUGGGAGCUGUGGGGCGACUCUCCUCGCACUUCCAGAGCUAUGCCCAGGCCGGCGGCUUUAAGCAUCCCUUCGCCAUCGAGAGCCUGAUUGGACGAGACUAUAAAGGUGUGAUGCCCAUCGCCUCUGUCAUGCAUCACUUAGGGUACCCGGUUCCUACCCCUGGUCUGGGCGGUGUGGUCAACCCUGUGUGGCCCCACAUGGGGGUCCUGGCCGAGCCACCACCCAUGUCGACCGAGUACCCUCACUUUGGGGUGGCCGUCAAGGGGCUCUACCACCAUCCCGGAGGUGCCAACAUGCCAGCAGUGCCUGUGCCCAUCAAACCCACCCCAACGCUGGCUGCCAUGCCUGCUCUGACUAGCCUGUCCCGGCUCGACAGAGAAACAACGGAUCUGGUGGAGGACAAGAGUGGAACUCUGCAUGCUGCCCUGCUGUAGUCUUCAAUGUGAUGGAGUUGCAAUGGUAGGUAGUAGGGGUGUAAAGGUGCAUCUUUAUCAUCAUAAGAUAAGACUAUUAAAAGUAGGGUUCAUCAAAGGUUUUUUAGUAUAAGUUCUAAACACGUUGUCUAUAUUUAUCAAUUUAAAUAGAUAAAUGGUUCUUCAUAUAGAGGAAAAUUACCACAAACCGUUGCUACAUCCUUAAAAAAUGGAUUCCUCAAGGUUUCUUUAGUGAAGGCAAAUUUGGAACAACUACUUGAUAAGAAACUGUGUCAUUUGAGUAUUCAGUUUCUGGUCAUGUCAAAAUAAUCUAAUCAAAUGAAUUGUAGUAGAUUUGGAAAUGCCACAAUCUAUUAAAUGUUAACUAGGGGUGUUCACUGUUAUCUGAAAAGGGCAACAGUUUAAAUCCAACUGAGGCCAACUGCUUAAAAAGUAGCAUUCAGGUGUAUUUGAGCUUUUUUGGAAUGACAUACUGCAGUCACUCAGUCUGUGUGAUAAAAAGAAUGAACACCCUUGCGCUGAAGAAUCAUAACCAAACCCAAUCAAUGGGAGGUCAGAGAUUUAUACCCCUAGCACCUACUGCUUCAGAUACUGUGGUACUGACAAAGCCACUGGGAGUGAACAGUGUAAACUUGGACACAGCGUAAGGUGCUGCAAACUGUAUUGUAUUUAUCUCUUAUAUUGUAUAGAUUCUUACUUGAAGACUAAGCGGACUCUAAAAAAGAUCCUGCAGAGCUUAUAUUUAUUGUAUUUAUUUCUCAGCCUUGGGAAGAGAAUCUGGACCCACUGCACUAAAAUAUGGGGGUUCUUCAGUAACGAUAGAACCAUGACAGCUAAAAAAAAACAUUUAAAUGUUUGUCGCUUGGUUAUAGGUUUCAUUUAUAUAGAAUAAAAACAACUUGUGACUGGUUUAAGAAAGGGUUCUGAAUACCAAAAAGGGUAACAGAGCCCAUUUUCAGUACCUCAAUGUACUGACACUAUGUUAUAUAUUAAUUUUUAUCAGGGUUGUUUUUCCCAAACAUGGGUUAUACCGAACCAACCAUUAUAUUCUGAGUUUCUGUAUAAAAGGUCGAGGCUUCAUUCCUGUCUGAGAACUGACCCACAGUGUACAGAUCUUCUGGUGUUUUUUUUCUAUCAUGGCACUUCUCUGUGAUAAUCUCUAGCAGGGAUAACACACGUGUGAUAACAAUCAUCUUUAAACCAUGGUUUUCUGGUUUUUUUUUUUGUAUCUCUUAUUAAUUGCAGAAAUGAUAUUUGACACACGGCACUGCUUCAACUCUCGGACUCAUUCUGAAUUAUUUGUGUGUGCUGUAAAUGUGUCAAGACUGUAUAAAAGCAGAAAGAUAACUAACAGAGAAAGUAUUUGUACAUAUUCUGGCAUGCCUCGCAUGCGUGUCUGCCUUUGUAAAGUAAAGAAACUGCUCUGGAAUGCACUGUUUUAGGAAGAGUGAAUUAUGUUAUUAUGAAAUAAACCCAAAGUCAAAUGUGAAUCAUUUUAUAUUAAUAUACUGUAUAAAUACGCAGAUGUAAAUGUUACGAUAUUCUAUCUUCAAAAUGCUCACUCUAAUGACCUGCUUCAAAAUGUGAAUACUAUUUUAUUGUGAUGUUUACUAACAUGAUUUUCACCCUAGAGACCUUAGAGCCUUAAUUCCACAUUUUAAGAUAAUCCAAAUAUAAUGUAUUUAUUGAUUUGUUAAGCUGACACUCAAGCAGGGGAACUCAGAGACUUUGGUGUGAUAACGUUAUUCUAUAAUUCCUUUGAAAUAUUUAUAACAAGAUGUU